AUGAAUUCGGCUGGGCUCACAAAUGAUCAAUCAGAAGCUCUUGUGAACUUCCAAGCUAUCACUGAGUGCUGGGAUAAUUCAAUAGCAAUGCAGAUUAUGAGGAAACAUAAUUGGGAUGUAACAGCAGCAUCAAAUGAGUAUUUCGCAUUUUUUUCGGCUGAAGCACAAAUGCAAGACAGAAACAACUAUUCUUGUUUUAUUAAAUAAUUAAAAAAAUUUCAUAUAAAGUAAAAAUAAAAAUUUUUAAUAUAUAUUGUAAUUAAUUAAAUAUUAAUUAUUUAUAAAAUAAUAGAAAUAAUGACCAAUUAAUUAAGGAGUGAAUAAAUGAUAUAUGAUCGACCUGAGCCAAGACAAGAACCUCCUAUAAUAAAUCAAAACCAAAAUCAAGCUCAGCAAGCAGCUCCACAAACCGAAUCAUACUGGUCAAUUAAGUCUUGGAUUACCUGAGGAGCUAAAGGAAUAUAUUCAGGCGCUAGCAACAUAUUAUGAAAUAUCUAUACCUUUGUAAAACCUCCUGUGAUUCAAGAAGCUGAAUCUGCAAGUGCCAGAGCAUUUGUGACGUCUCUACAAAAUUUAGGGAUUCAUGAAAUUCCUCCGUUUAGCAUACGAAAUUUAUCAGAAGUCCUACAAGAUGGCCAAAGCAUAAACAGGCCAGUUCUUGUAUAUAUAAACUCAAGAGACGUCCCUGCUGGCUAUUUAAGAGAAGUUAUAUGCCACGAGGUGUCAAUUGCUUUGAUUGCAGAAAGUUAUUUAAUAUGGGGAGUUGACGAAAAUUCUCAGGAUGGGAUUAAUGCAAUAAGGCAGCUACAAGUUACUGCAUUGCCUACUCUGGCUGUUGUGCAAGGUAGAAAUAAUGGCAGGCCACAAGUUUUAGAUAUACUAAUUUAUUUUGUAUUUUUAUAUUAUCAUAAAACCAUUUAUAAUUCAAUUAAAUAAGGAAUAGACUGGAAGGCUGUGCUUCUUUUGACACUUAUCUAGAAUUUUUAGAAAGAAAUUCAGUCCAAAAUGUGGCUGGAGUGGACCCAGAUUUGCAUCAAGAAAGAUUAAUAAGGGAACAGCAAGAUAGGGAGCUUGAAGAAGCAGAAAGGAUUACAAGGGAGCGAUAUAGAGCAGAAGAACUCAAAAGGGCUCAGAUUAAAAAGGAACAAGAGGAAGAAAUGAGAAAACAGCAGGAAGAAGAACAAAGGAGGAAACAAAAAGAAGAAAGCAUAGGCGAAGAGCCGAACCCAGGACCAGAUAUUGCUCUAAUUAGUUUUAGGUUGCCUGAUGGGAAAAAAAUCGAAAGAAGAUUUUAUAUCUAUUUAUUGGGAUAUUAUAAAAAUCUUAAUAUUUUUCUGUCUAAAAUAAUAAUUAGACCCACGUUUAAUGGUUCUUUAUGGUAUAUAAAGAAAAACAAAUAGAAACCCUUUACGAUUUUAUCGAAACUUUAUCCCUCAGAAACUUCGAAAUCGUUACAAAUUUCCCAUCAAAGGUGCUAGAUCAAAAACAAAUAACCCUUGAAGCUGCAGGACUGUUCCCGAAAUCUAUUGUCUAUGUCAGAGACACUUCAUAA